AUGAUUUUCUCAUAUUUGAGAUACCUCAAUGUUUUUCUUCUCUUCCUCAUUGGUUGUAAUUUUCUUGCUCGAGGAAGUACUAGUGGAGAAAUAAGCUAUGAUCAAAAUUACGCAGUCAUAUAUGGUGGAAGUCAUUUUGUACCCUUAAAUCAAGGAAAAGAAAUUCAACUCAUAUUGGACAACACUUCAGGAGCUGGCUUUGGAUCCAAGAUGAAGUACGGCUCUGGAUACUUCCACAUGAGGAUGAAAGUACCAGGUGGAGAUACUACAGGAGUUGCCACAGCUUACUAUUUGACUUCACAUGGAAAUAAGCAUAAUGAGUUAGACUUUGAAUUUAUGGGCGAUACAGAAGGGAUGCCAUAUAAAUUACAGACCAAUAUAUUUAUAGAUGAUAUUGGAGACAGAGAACAAAGAAUUCACCUUUGGUUUGAUCCUAUAGCAGAUAUUCACGACUACGUAAUUCUUUGGAACCAACAUCAAAUUGUAUUUUAUGUCGACAAUAUUCCCAUUAGGAUUUACAAGAACAAAACCAAUAUUGGAGUUCCCUACCCAUCAAAGCCUAUGAAAAUAGAAGCAACUUUGUGGCAUGGAGAGUGGGCAAUUGAAGGAAAGCGUAAAACCAAUUGGAGUUAUGCACCAUUCAAAGCAAACUAUCAAGGAUUUGGUGUUAGCGGCUGUGAAGUUCAAAGCUUAAAUGAUCAACAUUGUGUUUCUGAUAGCUAUUGGUGGAAUGGCGAAAAGUUCUGGCAAUUGGAUUCUGUCCAACAAAAGCAAUAUGAAAGUGUAAAUCAAAAGUAUAUAGUUUAUGAUUAUUGUACUGAUAGGAGAAAGCAUCCUACAACUCCCCUGGACUGCACACUGAAUUAG